AUGUCGGUGGCGGUGUGCCGUGGCCCAGCUGUUCCGUCCUUCGAGGCUCCCUGCUGGCUGCGCCCUGUCGAGCCGUACAAGCAGCCGGAGGUCGUCGUCGACGACCGGCCUGCGCAGGUGGACAUAUGGAACGCCAUCCAGGCCGACGUCGACAAGGUGGCGCCCGCCGGCGCUAAGAAGGCGUCCAAGCCGUACGUGCACCCGCUCGUGCGCCGGUCGUCGAGCCUGAUGAGCCAGAAGAGCCUCGAGGUCUGCACGGAGAGCCUCGGCAACGAGACCGGCUCCGGCGACUUCACGUCGUCCCUGGACAUGGCCAGCCUAUUCGACUCGCCGCUGCCGUCGGCGGUGGCUGCCGCAGCACCGGAGGAGUCCUUCUGGCAGCACGACGCGGCUCGCUGCUGCGAGGAGGAGCAGUGGGAAAGCAAGGAUCUCGCGGCGGUGAACUACCACUGCUCGGCCGGGGCGCGGUCACUGCGCCGCUCGUUCCCGCCGCCGCUGCCGUCCAUGUCGCGCAGCGACGGGCCGUGCCUGCAGAUGCGCCCGCGCCGCCAGGACGGGCGCCUCGUGGUCGAGGCCGUGGCGGUGAGGCCGCGCGGGUACCUCCACGCGAGGCGCCAGGGCGGACGCCUCCGCCUCUCCUUCGUCGAGUGCUCUGCUCGCGACCAGAGCGCGGCGAGCAAGAUCACCGAGGCCGCGGCAGAGGCGCCGUACUUCCGCACCGUGGAGCCCAGGAACGUGCAGGAGGAAGAGGCGGCCGUGGAAAUGGAGGAGGACGACGAGGUGAUGGAGGAAGAGGAGGAGGUUGAGGUGGUGGACAGGGGCACUGUCGUCGAGGUCAGUGUGAGCACGCAGCCGCAGCCGCACACCGCGGCCAAGGUGCACCGCUCGACGCUCGUGAUCAACAAGUUCGUCGGCAGCACGCCGCUGUCCGUUCUUGACCAACCCCGGUGCAACGCCGACACGACACAGCCCGAGGCGGACACUUGCGACGAGACGGCGGCGGCACAGUCACCACGCCCGACCCUGCGCCGGGUGCCGUCGUCCACGACGACGCUGGCGGCCGCGGUCGCCGUGGCCUCGACGGGGACCGACGACGUCCCGGCGGCUCCGGAAGACGACAACGAGUGCGGCGGCCUGCAUCUCUCCGGCGCCUACGCCGCGGCCGAGACCAAGCAGCUGCUGCUGUCGUUCACGUCGCGGAGAGGGGACAAGCAGGACCUGCUGCAGAGCGUGCGCCGGUGCCGGCAGCUGCGGCAGAAGAAGCUCUUCAUCCUGGAGCCCUACUGCAUUGCCACCUCCUGA